AUGAAAUGGAAAAGUCAGAAACUGCUGGCGUGGGAUCUCAUGACAGCUGCACAAGCUGAUGCGGCUGCAAUGGAGUUGCACUCGGCUUUGAACGCGCUGAUUGCACUCAUCGCAACACAGCCCGCGUCCAACCCCUGGCAAUCCAUCAAAGCCGUUUGCAUAGGAACAACGGCCGCGGAUUUAGGAGAAGAGUCAGAAUCGAACAUACGGUCGGCGGUCUUGGUGUACAACAGCGCAGCUAUCGCGCUUGUGUCGGGAACCGGUGGGCCGCUGCUCGGCUGUGUCCUCGUCGCCGGCGUCGACAGCAGCCGUGCCUACGGCGCCGUGGCCGAUCGCCGCACCGCCGCUGCCUCUGGAUGGGGCCCCGUAUUCAGCGACGGAGGCUGUGCCUACGAUGUGGGUCUGCGGGCCCUAUCCGCCGUCAGUCGGGCGCAGGACGGUCGCGGUGCUGACACACUUCUAGUCAAUGCCGUAUAUCGACACUUGGGGGCGCAGCGGGCAGAGGACCUCAUCCGAUGGGCUCGCAGUCACCAGUCCAUCCAUCAGCGGGUGAGCGGUGUGGCCAGUCUGGCUCGUCUGGUGCUGGACUGUGCCUCCCGGGGGGACUCUGUGGCGGAUGCGCUGCUGCGCCAUGCGGUGGGCGAGCUGCUGCGGGCCAUCAAGGCGGUGGUAGCCAAGCUGGGGCUGGACCGCUCACGCCAGCCUUUCAGCCUGGUGCUUGCAGGGCCCAUGUUGUCGGACGGUACUCUGUUCAUGCAGUACCUUCUGGAGGUGCUUAAAGACGGGGUGCCCACCGCUGACGUCAUCUACCCGUUGGGUGACGGAGCGGAGGCGGCCGCGUGGCUGGCUCUGUGGCUGUUGAACCCGCAGAACCCGACACCGCCGCUCCGAAGGGGUCUGUGA